AAUAAAAUUGAAACUGUUAUAUAAAAUGAUCUAGUUAGUAAGAGAUUUGGGAAUUUGUUAAAAAAUACCAAUUAAAAUUCUUUAAUUAAUCAACUUUCAUUGUUACUGACAGAUUUUUCAAAUAUCCAAGAACUUAUCUGGCAUAUCUGAAUUUUGAUAAGCGAUCCAAAUCCAGCUUUUACGUCUAAGUUAUUACAGCGUUAUGCAUUUGUUAUGCAUUAUUCAAGGCUCUUUUAUAAAGAAUGAAAAGGUCCUUCAGACAUCUUUCUCUAAUUGUUUGAGUUGGUCGAGUUUUUGUUAGCCGGAUCAACGAUAUCUCUUUACGUAAGACAGAAAUUGUUUCGUCGCUCUCCAUGUCGCGUAAACAGUAAACAUAAAGCAAAAUAAUCAUACGAGAAGAAGAGUCGACAGAGCGCCCCAAAAAAAGACAAGGCUUAACAAGAUCCCUGAGAUCAUCCUUCCCACUUUGAAUACCCCCACGAAACAUGCAUCUCACCUCUUAAGAUGAUCGUGCGACUCCGCUGGAGAACGGAGACGUGUUCGUCGACAUCGUCGAUAUCGUAUCUCCGAUGAAUCGGAAGUAAACGUCCAAGAAAAACGAGGUGCGGCCGACGCCGAUGCCGAGAACGAUGAACCUACCGACGAUCAGCGGUAACUUGUCGAACACCAGCGAUCUAUCCAUCAGUUUGCCAGUUUGCGAUAACCUCACCAAUUUCGGCCAGGAUGUAUUCGCCGAACGUACGGCCGAGUUUCUGUAUAACUCCAAUAAUGCCACGUGUCUAAAACACGCACCGACUCUCACCCAAGCGGUAUUCCUCAAAGUUAUUGUGCUAGCAGUUAUAUCGGUUUUAAGUUUGAUUGGUAACUUGGCCACAAUAUACUCAAUCAUAAAAAAUCGCCGAAAGAAUCAUGGCUCGACGAUCUAUACGCUGAUCCUUCAUCUCUCGGUGGCCGACCUGCUGGUCAGCAUCUUCUGCCUCGCUGGUGACGCGAUCUGGAGUUAUAAUGUCGCGUGGCUGUGGGGCAAUGUCGCGUGCAAGAUUUUCAAGUUCCUACAAGUAUUCAGCCUGUACCUGAGUACCUUUGUACUGGUGCUGAUCGGUGUCGAUCGAUUCGUCGCGGUGCGAUAUCCCAUGAAGGGUCUCAAUUCGUCUCAGAAGUGCUCGCGAUUCGUCCUUCUCACUUGGGUACUGUCUUUUGUACUCGCCAUUCCGCAGAUCGUGGUAUUUCAUGUUGUACAAGGACCAUUCGUCGAGGUAUUUAUGCAAUGCGUGACAUUCGGCACUUACACCGAGCCCUGGCAGGAACAACUCUAUGCCGGUCUCAGUGUAGUCUUCAUGUUUCUCCUGCCAUUAGCAAUUUUAGUCACCACGUAUGUAUCUACGGUGACUACGAUCUCCCGAAGUCAGAAAGAAUUCAAAGCGGGAGCAAAGAAAGUCUACGCCAGGAACAGCGACUUGAAUAGGAGAAGACUAAUGCACCGGGCGAAAAUGAAGUCAUUACGCCUCAGCGUUGUCAUCGUAACGGUAUUUUUAAUCUGGUGGACCCCGUACUACAUAAUGAUGAUCAUUUUACUGUUUAUCAAUCCAAACCGUUGCCUUUCAGCUCAGCGAGGAUCUGAAAAAUGGAAUAUUUUUCUUCGGUAUGAGCAACAGUUUGGUAAAUCCUCUGAUAUAUGGCGCGUUUCAUCUUUGGCCGCAGAGACAACGGCAGAGAGACGGCUCUUAUCAAAGGUCCGACGUUUCAAUAGCGCAGCAACGAAACGCGAGCAGACGCGAAACGAAAACACUGCUACUCUCUCAUCAGGAUAGUGGUAAAAUAACGACAACCUCACAGCAGCAUCAAAAGUAACGUUGUUAUCCGAUUAGAUUAUAUCUUACAUAAAAAAACAGUGCGUAUGUCAUAUAACGAGUGAUAAUAGAACGUACAAAAGGUACUGUAAAAUAAAAGAUAUAGAAAAUUAUCGCUCUCUCUCAUCGAGUAUUUCUAA